AUGGCAAGCUCACUGGGCAGGUGUUGGUCUGUGGCGGUGCUUCUGUACCUUUACAAGGCUCCACGCUGCAUGUUCGAGAAUGCAGUCCGGCCUUUGGACCUAGCUGGUGUGCGGGCGACAGAUGUUGCCACGAUGCAGCUCUCAGCUGAACACCUGGACAAGUUGCAGGCCGCGCAUGACCGGGUAGACAAGACCCUACAGUCGCACACGGCCUUGCACCAGCGUGUGGAAGUCUCUGCCACAGCUACCAUGGCAAUGGUUCCGAUCGAGAACCUGGAGAAGUAUGCUAGGUCCCUGGAGCUGCCAGAGCUCAGCGAGCGCCAUCAGCAGGAGGUGAGAGAUCAUCUUUGUCAAGUUUUAUUGGAAGAUCACUCCGAAGCAUACCACCUUCUGAAGGUUGCGGACCCCACUACUGGUGCGCAACGAUUGCAGAAGUUCUUGCUGAAACAUCGGCGGAUGGGACGGGAGGUUCAGAUCGUGUUUGCAUCUUUCGAGGACCAGAGAAACUUGCGGACGAGUUCUCUGGAUCUCGGUGAGGAGGAGCUUGCCAAUUGGAUGGACUACAAACUGUACAGCGCUUUGAUGUGGAAGCUGGAGCCAUCCAGAGCCCGGGAAGAACAGCUACGCAAGCAUGCGUUGCAGGCAAGUCAAGCCGCUUCUUCUCAGACAGACUUAGCUGCCUGCAUUGCAUGGGCCAUGUUCUUUAUCAGUUGUGCAAUCCUGGCUGCUUUAUCGAUGUACUCUGCGACCCUGGUGAGCGAAGGUGAGAGGCAGGCUCUUUGCUCAGAGCACCAACACUUGCAUGACGAGCCUCAGUGCAUGAGCGGGCCCGAUGCACUUCCCGAAGAGGUUGCUUCACCACGUGCUCCCGCGACACCAUUUCUGUCCCACCCGCUGGAGGAUUGGCAGGUUUGGGUGUGCUGCGGCAGGUAG